AUGACUAUCCAUAUUAGCCGGAUCGAAGAUCUAGUUUCAAGACUUGAGAAGCGGACUCAAACACACAAGAGGAGCCUAAUCGCUAUUGCAGGGAUCCCUGGUGCAGGCAAGUCGACAUUAGUGGAGCGAUUGGCACAAGAGUUGAUCCAACGCGACAUUACAUGCAAGGUAUUUCCCCAAGAUGGUUACCAUUACUACAGAGAGCAAUUAGCCGAAUUUAAGGAUCCGGAGGAGGCAUUCCGUCGUCGUGGUGCUCCGUUCACAUUUGACUCGGACAGGUUUAUAGGAGAUAUUGAGAAAGUGCGAGACGGUCAAAACAUCUGGGUACCGCUGUUUGACCACAGCAAGAAAGACCCCGUGGAGCACAGUAUCGAGAUUCCGAGUGACACGCAGGUUAUCCUAGUUGAGGGAAACUAUGUAGGGCUCGACGACGAACCGUGGGCGAAAACGAAAAACUUAUGUGACGAGUUGUGGUUCCUAGACACGGACCAUGACUUGGUUCGCGAGAGAAUCAUUAAGAGACAUGUAUCAAGCGGAGUUGCCCGGAGCGUGGAAGAGGCUACUGAACGGGCUUUGGGUCUGGAUUGGCAAAAUGCGCUUUACGUUUUACACCACACGAGGAUACCUGAUGUCGUUAUCCGGAGUUAA